CGCUGCUUUUACCUGCGCGGCUGCCACCUCUCAAAACCUCCUUUUCCUACUGUACUCACUAGCCUUCUCAGCCAGUUUGAGUUGGCGCAGGCGCGCGGAGCCCAAGACGCGUGCGCACUAAGGAAGGGGGGGGGCUAAUCUUUUUCCCUUCUCUCAUCUCAGCUCGCGGCUCUCGGGCGUACGGUCAGCCGCCUGCUCAUUGGCUCAUCCGUUGUUAGAGCGUCUGGCUCGGGUCGACGGUUGAGGCCUAAAGUUCUGCGCAGGCGCAGAACGCGGCUAAGGUAAUAAGCCUCGCGCUCGUUCUGACGGGGCCUCAAGAAAAAGAAGGAAACCCGCCAAGCUUGCCGUUGCCAACGCGGUCGCCGCCGUCGUCUCCUCCACCUCCUCCUCCGUGAGGGGAAAAGAGAAAAGAAGGGCCGAGGAAGACCUGGAACGGCCGCCUCCGACAUCAUGAGUGUGGAAGCCUACGGGCCCAGUUCGCAGACGUUGACUUUCCUCGACACCGAGGAGGCCGAGCUGCUGGGCGCUGACACGCAAGGCUCCGAGUUCGAGUUCACCGACUUCACCUUGCCCAGCCAGACUCAAACGCCGCCCGGAGGAGGCUCCGGGAGCGGAGGAGGCGUCGUCGCGCCAGGGACCCCGGGACUCCCGGGGGGUGGCGUCGGAGUGGGCGCAGGGGGGGCGCCUUCCGUCGUCGCUCCGGGACAGCUGGAUGCCCAGGUAAAUGGACCAGAUGGCAUCCUCCAGAAUGGGGCAGUGGAUGAUAAUGUGCCUAAAACCAGCCAACUUCUUGCUGAGCUCAAUUUUGAAGAAGACGAGGAAGACACUUAUUACACCAAGGACCUGCCUGUACAUGCCUGCAGCUAUUGUGGCAUCCAUGAUCCAGCUUGCGUGGUCUAUUGUAACACCAGCAAGAAGUGGUUCUGCAAUGGACGUGGGAAUACCUCUGGCAGUCACAUUGUGAACCAUCUUGUGAGAGCCAAGUGCAAAGAAGUGACUCUUCAUAAGGAUGGUCCUCUGGGCGAGACUGUCUUGGAAUGCUACAAUUGUGGCUGCCGUAAUGUGUUUCUUCUUGGCUUCAUCCCGGCCAAAGCUGACUCUGUGGUCGUUUUGUUAUGCAGGCAGCCUUGUGCCAGCCAGAGCAGCUUAAAGGACAUCAAUUGGGACAGCUCACAGUGGCAGCCUUUGAUUCAGGAUCGCUGCUUCCUUUCCUGGCUAGUCAAAAUUCCUUCAGAACAGGAACAACUGAGGGCCCGGCAGAUCACAGCUCAGCAAAUUAAUAAACUAGAAGAACUGUGGAAGGAGAACCCAUCUGCUACUUUGGAGGACCUGGAAAAGCCUGGGGUUGAUGAAGAGCCACAGCAUGUCCUCCUUAGAUAUGAAGAUGCUUAUCAAUACCAGAACAUCUUUGGUCCUCUGGUCAAGCUUGAAGCAGACUAUGACAAGAAAUUGAAGGAAUCUCAGACUCAAGACAACAUUACUGUGAGAUGGGAUCUUGGUUUGAACAAGAAAAGGAUUGCCUACUUCACCCUGCCAAAGACUGAUUCAGAUAUGCGUUUGAUGCAAGGGGAUGAGAUCUGCCUGAGAUACAAAGGAGACUUGGCCCCACUGUGGAAAGGAAUUGGCCAUGUGAUUAAAGUUCCUGAUACUUUCGUAGAUUACGGUGAUGAAAUUGCAAUUGAGUUGAGAAGUAGUGUUGGUGCUCCUGUGGAAGUGACUCACAAUUUCCAAGUGGAUUUUGUAUGGAAAUCAACAUCCUUUGAUAGAAUGCAGAGUGCCCUAAAAACAUUUGCUGUGGAUGAAACAUCAGUUUCUGGCUACAUCUAUCACAAACUUCUGGGUCAUGAGGUGGAAGACGUUAUAAUUAAAUGUCAGUUGCCAAAGCGCUUCACAGCACAAGGACUUCCUGAUCUCAACCAUUCUCAGGUGUAUGCAGUGAAGACUGUUUUGCAGCGUCCCUUGAGUCUUAUUCAGGGGCCCCCUGGCACAGGCAAGACUGUGACAUCAGCCACAAUUGUGUAUCACCUGGCAAGGCAAGGGAAUGGGCCUGUGCUGGUUUGUGCCCCAAGUAACAUUGCUGUGGACCAGCUGACCGAAAAAAUACAUCAGACGGGGUUGAAGGUGGUGCGUCUGUGUGCAAAGAGCCGCGAGGCCAUUGAUUCACCUGUCUCUUUCUUAGCACUGCAUAACCAGAUCAGGAAUAUGGAUAGCAUGCCAGAGCUCCAGAAACUGCAGCAACUGAAAGAUGAGACUGGGGAACUGUCAUCCGCUGAUGAGAAGCGCUACCGAGCACUUAAACGAACAGCUGAGCGGGAAUUGCUAAUGAAUGCAGAUGUCAUUUGCUGCACAUGUGUUGGAGCUGGCGACCCAAGACUUGCUAAAAUGCAAUUUCGUUCCAUUUUGAUUGAUGAAAGCACACAGGCCACUGAGCCAGAGUGUAUGGUGCCUGUUGUUCUUGGGGCAAAACAGUUGAUCCUGGUGGGCGAUCAUUGCCAGCUUGGCCCUGUCGUAAUGUGCAAGAAGGCAGCUAAAGCAGGUCUGUCACAGUCCCUCUUUGAGCGACUGGUGGUGUUGGGCAUUCGGCCCAUUCGCCUGCAAGUCCAGUACCGCAUGCACCCAGCCCUGAGUGCUUUUCCUUCCAACAUCUUUUACGAAGGGUCACUUCAGAAUGGUGUCACUGCAGCAGACCGUGUGAAGAAGGGGUUUGACUUCCAAUGGCCUCAGCCAGACAAGCCCAUGUUUUUCUACGUGACCCAAGGACAAGAAGAAAUUGCAAGUUCUGGCACUUCUUAUUUGAACAGAACAGAGGCAGCCAAUGUGGAGAAAAUAACCACAAAGCUACUGAAGGCUGGUGCAAAGCCAGAUCAGAUUGGUAUCAUCACCCCUUAUGAGGGCCAGCGUUCAUAUUUGGUGCAGUACAUGCAGUUUAGUGGAUCUUUGCAUACCAAGCUUUAUCAGGAAGUUGAAAUCGCUAGUGUUGAUGCUUUCCAAGGGCGAGAGAAGGACUUCAUUAUCCUCUCCUGUGUUAGAGCCAACGAGCAUCAAGGCAUUGGUUUCCUGAAUGAUCCCCGGCGUCUCAAUGUGGCUCUCACAAGAGCAAGAUAUGGGGUCAUUAUUGUUGGGAAUCCAAAGGCACUCUCCAAGCAACCUCUCUGGAAUCACCUUCUGAACUACUACAAGGAGCAAAAGGUCCUGGUGGAGGGACCAUUGAACAAUCUCCGUGAGAGCCUCAUGCAGUUCAGCAAGCCCCGAAAACUGGUCAACACUAUCAAUCCAGGAGCCCGGUUUAUGACAACUGCUAUGUAUGAUGCCCGUGAAGCUAUUAUCCCUGGAUCAGUUUAUGAUCGCAGCAGCCAAGGCCGGCCAUCCAACAUGUAUUUCCAAACACACGAUCAGAUUGGGAUGAUCAGUGCUGGGCCCAGUCAUGUCACCACCAUGAACAUUCCUAUUCCAUUCAACUUGGUGAUGCCUCCCAUGCCACCACCAGGGUACUUUGGACAGCCCAAUGGACCAGCUGCAGGUGGGAUGUUUGCAGGACGUGGAAACCUGAAAGGCAAAACUGGCCGUGGUGGGCGACAGAAGAAUCGUUUUGGGAUUCCGGGAGCCAGCCAGUCGAACCUCCCCAACAGCCAGGCCAGCCAAGAUGUGGUCUCCCAGCCUUUCUCUCAGGGCCCCUUGACUCAGGGUUACAUCUCCAUGAGCCAACCCUCACAGAUGAGCCAGCCUGGCCUCUCCCAGCCAGAAUUGUCACAGGAUAGUUACCUUGGUGAUGAGUUUAAAUCUCAGAUUGAUGUGGCCCUGUCGCAGGAUUCAACUUACCAGGGGGAACGCGCAUAUCAACAUGGAGUGACGGGGCUGUCACAGUAUUAGAGUGUAAGGUUGAAGGAGAAGAGCUAAGCUUAUGUGGAGCUUAGUUCAACAGCAAUUUAUUCAGGGUAAUAAAAAUAAAAUAAAAUGGAUACCUGUUUUCCACUGCUAAAACUGAAGCGACUCUGUGAGAGCAACAGGAGAGAGAGGGAUAAAAAGAGAGAAACCAACGGAGAGGAGGAGAAAGAAGAGCGAGAGAGCGAAAGAGAAAGAAGAGAGCCCACUGCUAGCUCACUGAGGCAAGGAGACUGACCGGAGAUGGGAAGAGAAGCACCGGAGGACCAACUGGCACCUCACUGGGAGGGAGAACUAACUCGCCCUGGAAGAACUGAGUGGUCAGCGAAGUUCCCUGUCCCCUCCCCUGCCACCAACACACCCACUGAGAAAGAGAGGAAGGGUCUUAGAAGAAUCAUUUCAUUCCGUUCGUAUUGCAAGCAGGGUUUCACAGUUAGAACAGGUGGGGAAGAGGAAAAACCCCCAUCUCAGAGUUGUUCAUGUACCAAUCUCUCCAGGUUUUUUGUUUUCAAGAGAAGGAAAGAAAGAAAGGAAAGGAAAGAAAGAAAAGAAGGAAAGAAAAGAAGGAAAGAAAGAAAAGAAGGAAGGAAGGCAGGAAGACCUUGUUGGCCUUUUUAGGAACAAGCACACCAUCCAAGAGAAAACGUCCUGAAGCUUGUGGGGAAGCCAGCUGUGACUGGUACUCGACUCUGAGAUGAUGUGGGUUUUGCUGUCCCAAGAUCUGGCUUUGAGCCUUGUGCGGCUUCACCCACAGUCCGAAUGGCAAGAUGAUGGGGUGGUUCUUUUUUUCUUUUUUCUUUUAAAAGAAAUUCAAAGAAGCACUGGAUAUUUUUUUUUUUAGAAGUUUGUCUCUGAAAUUUAGUAGUGGACCUGGAGGAAAAUCCUUGUUUUGAGAUGCUUAAAAAAAAAGAACAAACGAAACCAUAAAAGAUACAUAUAUAUUAUCUAUAUCUGUACGUUUUAACGCAAGUAGGAAUACCAAUCUCUUGUGUGUGAUUUCAGUCAAUCAAACUCUUCUUCUUGGGGGAGAGGCGUAUCUUUGCAAGGAACCCAAUGUAUCCUGCCAGUGCAGUGGAGAAAUGAGAACGGUGUUUGUCAAGUUUUAAUUGGUUCCUGCCUGGGCUCUUCUCUGGGCUGUUGGUUUAAGGUAUCUGCUUUACAGAAGGGAGAGGAGGAGCGUGUGCCCUUUGGCCCCUGAGAAGGAAGAACGCUGGGAUUGAUCUGCUUUUUUUUUUAUUAGUUGCUGCCGACAUUGGGAAAACUGUAGUGGAAACAGGGGAUUAUAUUGGUUUUGAAGUAAAGCUUCUCUGAUGAUAUAUUGAGAUAGUUUGGGGAGGAAGAGCAGGCAGAUAUUUUAAGGGGUGGCCACUCUGGGGCAAAAAUCUAUCUUUGGCAUGGAGGGUUAUUUUUUUUUCUUGACGUUCAGCUGCAGAAUGAGCAUCAGAAGUUUAAACAAAGCUGGAGACCACAUGAAGGUGCAGGACCCUCAGUCAGAUUUUAUCAUUUCAAAUCCCAACUGGAAAAAGGGGCAAUUUUUGAAGAAUGAAAGAAAAAACACCCACAAAGAAGUCACCCUGGCUCACAGCAGAAAAGCAUGCAUCUCUGCAUUAAAAAUAUUGAGACCGCCGGCCUCUUUAGCCUAUGAUUGGUUUGGUUUUUCUUGCCACCAAAGGUGGGGUUUCCUUUAACCAAGACACUUUUGACCAACUGCCCAGUUGUGCGAUUUAAAAACAAAAAAACAGAAUUAAUUUAGCUUUCUUUUCCAACCAAAGGGCUGUAAGCGUCCAUUUUAACUUUUUGUAUAUGUUGAAGAAUCCCCCCACCCUAGCUUUACAUGGAUGAACUUUAGAACCACCUCCUUUUUAUUUUAAAAAAUUGGACAUUUUGUAUAAUGUUCAUUCCCACUUUUGCCCUUCCCCCCCCCCCCC